CCUCCUCCCUCUCUGACCUCUGCCACACCCCCCCGCUCGUCCACCAAAACUUUAGACCCGCGUUUGUCUGAACUCCUUUCUCAACACCAUCGUCCAGAUUUCAAUCCUGUAAAUCAUAAGUGAUAGGGUCAAGUCAGAGAGCGGUAGAUUGUUUCCAUCACGCGUCUCACUUGGUUUUGCCUGACAGCUUCGAAGCUGGGACCGAGGUGUUCCAUUUCGAGCUGCAGGCUAAGGUCUCUGGCCCCUGGAUCUCGUUCAGUUGAUCCGCGCAACAGAAAUCAUUCAAAGAGACACUAUUCGAAUUAUCCUUCCCAGCCUUCCUCGUUCCUCAAAACCUUCCUCUCGACCGCGCCGAAUUGCGGGGACGACGUCAUGAACGACACCACCACCACCCCUUCUCCCACUCCAGGUCCCGCCACGAAAGCAUCUCCGACUUCGAAAUCUCCCUCAGCCGUAGCCGGAACGAAGCGCAAGCGCGCAUCAGCGGCGAAAUACUACGCCGUGAAGGCUGGCUAUCAGCCCGGUGUUUACUAUGAUUGGCAUGAUUGUCUGACCCAGGUCACCGGGUACAAGGGAGCUGUCUUCCAGGCCUUCCCUUCUUACGAAGAAGCAAAUGCCUUCCUUACCGGGACUCGUGCCCCCGCUGUGCGCGGCGGAACCCCCUUGGAUUCUGAACCCACGAGAUUCUACGGUGUCCAGCGUGGUCGAAUACCCGGUGUUUAUACGGACUGGGCAAAGGCGCAGGAGCAGAUUAAAGGAUUUCCCAAACCGCGUUACAAGAAAUUCUCGACAAGGGAGGAAGCAGAGGAGUUUGCAAGGGAAGGGCAAGGAUCUGGCGCUACGUUCGGAAAGACCCCGGAAUCGCAGAAGCUCGCCGGUGCACCGGGACUGAUGAACGGGGUCCCUGCGGAUGCGCAGGGUAUACCUUUUGAGGCGGGGACUGGCCCUCUGCCGACCGGAACGGAGGAUGGGUUUGACCCCAACGUAUUGUUGGAUCCCAAAACAGGGAAAGUGGUCUAUAAAUCACAGGAUCAGAAGACCGCGACCAAGAUGAAAUCUACUGGUCCACCGGGGAUGCUGCGCAUCUACACGGACGGUAGUUCUUUGAAAAAUGGCAAAGCGCUUGCCUCAGCGGGUGUCGGGGUUUACUUUGGACCUGGCGACUCACGGUUUGUCCCCCCCUGACACUCACCUUAGCGUUGUCGUGUGUUCUUUAUUCCCUGGGAGGGUUUGCCUUUGGCAUAUA